CAUAAUUUAUCGUGCUUACAAAAUAUUUUGUUGAUAAAAUUAAGCCGUUCAUUUCGGCAUUUGUUUUUUAAUUAUAGAUUAACAUGUGAAACAUGUGACGUGAUUCUACAAUGUCGUCGAGGGAUAAGCAUAACAAUACCAGGAGUUUGAAUUUAAAGAACGUGUUCAGCACAGAUGAGGAUUCUAAUCUUGAGAGAACAAAAUCUCUGUCGGUUUUCUGCUCAGAUGUUUUCUUUUAUGAAUCUAAUUUAAGAUCAGAUCAUUUCGGUAGCUUGCACAACCUUAGGUCCUUGAAUAUAUCCUACUGCAAGCUCCGAACCCUUCCUCCUCGCUCCUUCGUUGGUUUAACCAACCUGGAGCAGCUUUCCGUCCAGACCUUUAACAGUCAGUGGAGCGCCAUCACCUUGGACCUCGACUACGAGGCCUUCAUUGGCCUGGAGAAGUUGACCCGUCUCGACCUGACCCGAAACAACAUGUUCCAGCUGCCGGCCAAACUGUUCUGCCCGCUCAACACCGAGCUAGUGGUUGACCUGAGCCACAACCAGCUGUCAGGGUUCCAGGUUCUAGGUCUGAGCUCCCUAACAACGGAUCCGUGUUCAGUUCCAAUCACGGAGCUGGAUGUGAGCUUUAAUCAAAUCCGAGCAGUCCCUGAGGACUCACUAGGGACUGCUCCUCGGCUCCGGAGUAUCAGAGCUAAAGGGAACCUGCUCCAGGCUCUUGAUAGAUCAGCUUUCCAGGGACUCCAGGAGCUGGAGGAGAUUGAUAUCAGUGAUAAUGAUCUAACAGCUCUUCCUCCAGAUCUAUUCCUAGAUAAUCCUAGACUAAAGCAGAUUGAUCUUUCUAAUAAUAGUAUAGGGACCAUUCAUAUAUCUAUAUUCAGGAAUACUAGUGAAGUAUCCUAUAUAAACCUGAGCAGAAAUCAUCUGGACCAAAACUGGUUAAAGGAUACCUUCAACGGUUUGACAAGAUUAAAGGUUCUAGAUUUAAGCAGAAAUCAUAUUUCUUCAAUAGAUAAAAAUAUGUUCAGAGAUCUAAAGAGUCUUGAAUGGUUGUCUCUAGCCCACAAUAGAAUAAACGAGGUCGGAGGAUUCCAGAUCAGCCUCUUUCCUGCCCUCUCAACCCUCCUCUUCAACCACAACGCCCUCGAGACCAUCCCCAGCCUCAUGCUAUCCUCCAGUAGGAACCUCGAGGUUCUCGACCUUGCUCACAACAAGAUUCAGUCAGUUAACAAGGAGGCUUUCACCAAUACAACCAAUCUUAGAUAUUUGAGUGUAUCCCACAACCUGUUAACUGAGCUUCCAGCUGGGCUGGUUAACUUGACUAACCUCGACGCCAGCGUCAACAUCCUUGGCGUCCUUAGUCGGAAGGAUAUCGAGGGUAUGUCCUCCCUUCUUCGUCUUAACCUCAGUAGUAACGAAAUCUCGAGGCUCGAGGUCGCAAGUUUCAACGAGACACCGAGGUUGACCCAUCUAGACCUCUCAAGAAACCGGUUGAGGAUAAUCGAACAGUCGACGCUCGCCGCCCUCGUCUCGUUGACCGAGCUCAGCCUCGCUGAGAACCAGUUGGAGGAUAUAAACGGCCUUCUCACAACACAAACUCAUCUCAGCUUCCUUAAUCUGUCCUCCAAUUUCAUUCAAUGGUUUGAUUAUGCUUUCAUUCCAAACUCUCUUCAAAUUCUUGAUUUACAGAACAACAGGAUAGAGGAGGUGGAGAACUACUACUCCUUGAAGGACGGGUUCAACCUGGAGUACCUAGACGUGAGCAGGAACAGGAUUAGAAACCUAGGAGUUCUUUCUCUUCUUCCUAGUCUAGCAGAGAUCAUUCUCAGGUAUUUAACGUGUAAUAUAUCCGUGUUUAGUUUAACGUGUAAUAUAUCCAUGUUUAGUUUAAUGUGUAAUAUAUCCGUGUUUAGUUUAAUGUGUAAUAUAUCCGUGUUUAGUUUAACGUGUAAUAUAUCCGUGUUUAGUUUAACGUGGAAUAUAUCCGUGUUUAGUUUAAUGUGUAAUAUAUCCGUGUUUAGUUUAAUGUGUAAUAUAUCCGUGUUUAGUUUAAUGUGUAAUUUAUCCAUGUUUAGUGAGAAUGAGAUCAGUGAUAUCGGACACAACACUUUCCUGUCAAAAAAUAAUCUCUCCAGGGUAGAUCUCAGGAGCAACAAGAUAUCCGUCCUUAGUCUUGCCAGCCUCAUCAUAGCUCAGGAUACUAUAGAUAAGCCGGAAUUCUUCUUGGCCGGCAACCCCUUCCAGUGUAGUUGUGAGAUGCAGUGGUUGAUUACACCAGGCUCAUCUGACCGGCUCCCAGCCCUAGCUGACCUUCAGGAUACAGAAUGCCUGGUCAACUACAACGGUAACACGACUGCGCUAGCUUCUGUGACCAGCGUGCUACCAAAUCAGUUUCUGUGUGAGUAUGAGUCCCACUGUUUCUCUCUGUGCAUGUGCUGUGACUUCUUCGGGUGUGAUUGCCGCAUGCAGUGCCCGGAUGGAUGUUCAUGUUUCCAUGACUCUACGUGGUCAGCUAAUAUUAUCCAAUGCUCGGCCCGGGGACACCGUGAGAUACCGCCUCUUAUACCCAUGGACGCCACCAGUGUGUUCUUGGACGGAAACAGUCUUGGUGACCUUUCCGGUCAGAUCUUCCUAGGGAGAUCAAGGAUGAAGAACUUGUACCUGAACAACACUAGGAUAUCGGAGAUCAGUAACAACACCCUGCUAGGACUGCUUGAUCUGCAGCUACUUGAUCUUAGUGGGAAUGAACUCUGGGUCCUGAAAGGAGCAGAGUUUACUGAUCUGGUCAACCUUCGUGAGCUUUAUCUUCAGAACAAUAGGAUCACAAGUAUUGCGGAGGAAACAUUUCGAGCGCUAAAGUCUCUGUCUGUGCUGCGGCUUGACAACAAUCUUCUGACAACAUUCCCAAUCUGGGAGCUGGCGUCCAACCCCUUCAUCAUCGGGGUGUACGUCGCUGAGAACGCUUGGACCUGUCAUUGUGAUUUUGUGAACAAGUUCCGAAUGUUUAUCGACGGAAACCUGGACAAGAUCAUUGACGCCCACGAGGUGAAGUGUAUCGUGGACAAGCUGAUAGACGACUCCUAUACAACAACCAACAAGAGAAACUGUAUAGAGUCCAGAAACUCUGCGUUUAUGAGCCUAAACUCAGAUGACGGGAAAAUUCUAUCCAUUGCCAUUGGUUGCUGCGUUAUGUUCGUCACUUUGCUCAUCUCAGCCUUCCUUGCUUACAAAAUGAAGGAUACAAUCAAACUCUGGAUACACUCAAAGUACGGGGUUCGAAUCCUUGCAAAGAAUAUAUCCGGAGAAGAUACAAUGUAUGAUGCGUAUGUAUCCUAUAGCAUAAAAGAUGAAAGUGUUGCUCUAGGUAUAGCGGAAGAGCUGGGACGGUAUAGGUUGUGUCUCAACUAUAGAGAUAUUGCCAAUUCCAACAGAGACAUUAACCCUGCUACAGUGUUUGCUGCCAAGUCUAGUGCUAGUAUUAUUGUCAUCAUGUCCAAGGUGUAUCUAGAGUGUGAGUGGGAACAGAUUAAAACCACGCUACUCCAACCCAACCCGGAGUUAUGUCGAAACCUUAUUCUUAUCCUACUCGAAGAUCUAUUUGACUACGAAGUUUUAAACAAUUCUGAGAUAAAAUCAUUCAUCAAUUCUUGCCAUUCCGUCCUGCACUGGAAGGAAUCCAAAUUCUGGACCAAGCUAAGAUACACGCUUCCAGAUCCCCAACCUAGGCUUGACAAGACAAACACAACCCAGCUCCUGGAUAACCAGGAUACCUGGAAUUUCUUGCACAAAGAAGUCCCGGAUUCCGGCGUCUCUUCAGCUCAUAUCUCGACAGUAUCGUUGAACCAGGCGGGAGCACGUCUUGACUCUCUCCGGUUCAAAACCAAAUCUCGCCAAUCCAUCCCAUCCACCGUCGAGUCAAACAAUGAGUUUAUCUACCUCACUCCUAAACCAAAGAAAGCUCGGUGUCAGUCCGGGACUCAGGGGCACGGAGAUAUCUUCAAUACUCAUCAGAGAUCAUCAUCCGAGAUUUAUAAUCAGCAACAAGCUGGGAGUCCAAGUAUUCAUCAUCAGAGAUCAAAAUCAACCUUGGUUCCAGCCUCCCUUCCCUCUCCCACAUCUCAACUUCUAGCCUCCAACAUAAACCUCAGGCAGGCAAUCCAACCUCAGCCUCAGCCUCCUGAGGACCAAGGUUCAGCCAAACACAUCUAUGGGUCAACCUCGUUCAUCUACAAGUUAAUUUCCUCGGCAGGAAGUGAGAAUGAUUAUAAUCCUGGUUCUCCAGGUCUACCUGGAAACACGAGUACUCCUGGGAACCAUAUUUAUAUCCAGAACCAGCAGCAUCAGCGUUCUUCCAGCCUUCUCUCUCAGAACCAAACCUACUCCCAGAGUCCGACUCAACAGCUGAUCCAUCAACGGAGUAGAUCUGCAAUAUCCCCUUCUCCGCUCAGCAUAGUUCAAUCCUCUCCAACCUUUCUACCUGGACCCGGAGCAAAGAUUAUAACCUCAACCCCUCUGCUGUAUCACACCUCACAACUACUUCCUCAAUCCUCACAACUCCCAAACAAAGGAAAACUAACAAGGUCCUCAUCCCAACUUAACUCUGGAAAUGGCAAACCUCCAAAUAUCCAGCUCCGAACCGCAACAUUAGCUCCAUACCACAGGAAACAUCCGUCCCACUCACAAUUAGACUCCCAACCUCAAUCUGCUGUUAUACAUCAAAGAUCUAAAUCCACUCCAUAUCAGGGGUUUGUGGUUUAGUAAAAUACACCUCAGGGUCGUCUUCAUAAUUUCACACAUCUAAAAUAAUUUGUGAAAUGUAGUAAAAUCGAUCUGAACCUUUCUCAUUCGUUUCAAGGUUGACGAUAUAUUCAUUCUGGAUCUACCUGCUAUAUACCUAUAUAUACAUAAUAUUGAACGAAUUCUGAGAUGGAACUUUCAUGAAACAUUGCAAUUUGCAGCUCUCUCAACUUCUCUUUUUAUUUUAACGUUUUUAAAUUGAAUCUCUAACUACUAAAAAAAAGGUGUUUGCGCUUAUUAUUCAAGUUUCAGAUUAAAAAUUUGCGCACAUUUGACAAGCUUUGAAGAGUAAAUUUUUGUGUGAAGUUUGUUUGAUAUGAUUACUAUUAGGAAAAUUAUUAGGCAAUAUUUGCCCUGGCUGUGCAUAAACUUAGUGCCAUGUAUUUAGUUUUCAAAUCUCUGCAAAUUGCCAUAAAUCCUUCUAACUUGUAUUAAAUUGAAAACAUUGAACAAUAUGUAG